CUUCGCCUGGCAUGGGACCCUAUCCAGGGUCUAACUAGGCCAGAUCGGUAGUUGACGGGCCCGCUAUGAAAGCGGCUGUCUCUGCCAGGCAGUGAAAUCCAUCUGAAUCCCAAUAUAAGAGCUGCUAUAGCAUCCUCUCUUGAUUUUGUCUGUCCUGCCCCAUAGUAACAAUCAGUUCGCUCAGAGAGCGGCCAUUUUGCUACUAUCUCUGAGCAAUCCGUCUUUCCCAACCAUACCGUUCUCAGCAUCAUCGAUACCACUCGUCCAUCUCAAGGGGUCCUCUCAAGAGACCGUAUCGGGCAACCUCCCACCACGGCCACGGCAACUCUCACUACACCGACCACUCACUAUCAAACUCAACCGUUUUCUUCUCAGACUAUCCUCAUCCCUCGUGCGGUGCUAGCAUCUCUAGCAUGGUAUUUUCUAUUAAACCCCGAAAGCAGGACGACUACCAUGAGUCUCCGAGCCGUCAAUCGCUGCCCUCCAUCUCAGAGGUAAUUCAAGGCACCGAGCCAGGCCCUUAUGCUUUUAGACCUCCUUCCAGCAUCCAGACUGGUUUCUGCCUUUCCCCUCCUUUCGCACUUGUUCGUCAACCAUUACACAAGACCGAGAAGCAACCAUUUUUGCAGCAGCUACUCCCGGCUUCAUCCUUCCCUCUCCGACAGCAUGCUCUUCCUGUCUUCUCGGAUCCUCCUCGGCCACCUUUCACCAGCCUGUCGUCACUUUUUCCUGCCUCUGACAGCAGCCAGAGCCUCUCAGCCAAGGCGGAGAUUCCUUUCCAGCAUCACCACCCCGAGCAGCAGAAGACACCGGAGCCUCAUCCUCCUCUCAGCGGAGUGUAUGCGCACCCACCUCCGCCACCCCCCCCUCCAGCUCCGGUUACCUAUCAGCCCCGACAACUACGUCCUGGCCGCCACAUGCCUCUACCCGCGUAUCCGAUCCCUCCCAGGCACAAUUAUGCUCCUCCAGCCAUAUAUGACGCCCCAGUUAAUGGGCAAGUUGGGAGCUGGAGCUACCAAGAUUCUUUGAGUCUAAUUAGUUCCUCAUCCCGCACCAUUCUUCACUGUGCCGAAGCGUACAAUCGAAUUGCUCGUGAGCAGCACGGGACUCACCUUAUCCCGGAAAGAUUGCCGACAGAAUGGGAACUCAGCGAUAUGCUCAGUAACAUGGAGCUCAUCAAGCGUUCUCUGGAACAUGUGAAGGGCUUGCUGCAAACAUCGAUACAGAACGAGCGAACUCAUAAAGGAGUGAAGAUGAAGUGUCUUUACAAGGAGGAGAACCAUGCGCCCAUUUCUGCAAAUGCUAUGCAACCCUCAUUUGGCAUGACGGAAAUCAAGAAGCAACGAGCCCGUACGGCCCGCCCUGGCAGAUGCCAUAAAUGCAGCCGAAUUGACACGCCUGAAUGGCGCCGCGGACCUGAUGGGGCGAGGAUACUAUGCAAUGCAUGUGGCCUGCACUAUGCCAAACUGAAAAGGAAGCGUCAACUCAAAGCAAGUUCAAUCGGCCCGAAACCUGGAGAAGCACAUCGGCCAUAAGGCUCGCACUCUGUGCAGCAAAGCCUGAGCCCAUGAGCGGCCAUGCUGCAUCAUUUGUCAACUACGGUGCAGAAAGUCUCAAAAUCCUCUACCCACACAAUCUCGACUUUUACUAAUGCCUGAUUUUUCGUACCACCGACGUAGGUCGUUCUCUGUACAAAGGCUUUACUACAUACACCAUCGAUACCC